ACAAGGACUGGGGCAAAAAUUAAAUCUAUUCAUCUCUCCCCGUUGAUUUCCUAUUUAAAAACUUCAAAAAACGAGCGAACUGAUAGAGACUCCAUAAAUAGCGGGAACCGACUCUACCGCUUUUCAUCCGCCGCCAUCCGCUGCUCUUUCCCUUUACCGGCGACGCCUCGCUGUCAAAGCAUCCGCUUAUCUCGUUUCGUUUUUGAAUCAGCCACGAAAACAGUUGCAGAUCAAAACAAUUUUCAUUUUAAUUAUAAAAAAUUAAACUUCGGGUUUUUAAAAAAAAAUUGUAGGCAAAGCAAAUGGAACAAAAAAGCCUACUGUUAUCGGCGUUGGGUGUGGGUGUUGGGGUAGGGGUAGGGCUAGGUCUGGCUUCGGGUCAGAACAAAUGGACCGGAACCGGUUCCAAUUCAUCAACCGGCAUCACUUUGGAGAGGAUAGAGAAAGAAUUACUUCGCCAAAUCGUUGAUGGCAGAGAAAGCCAAGUCACCUUCGAUGAGUUCCCUUACUACCUCAGUGAACAAACUCAAGCAUUGCUAACCAGUGCUGCCUAUGUCCAUUUGAAACAUGCUGAUGUUUCCAAGUACACAAGGAACCUUUCUCCUGCUAGUCAAGCUAUAUUACUAUCGGGACCUGCAGAACUUUACCAACAAAUGCUUGCCAAAGCUUUAGCCCAUUUCUUUGAAUCCAAGUUGCUGCUCUUGGAUGUAACUGAUUUUUCCUUAAAAAUUCAAAGUAAAUAUGGAAGUGGCCAAGAAUCUUCUUUCAAAAGAUCCACUUCGGAGUCGACACUCGAGCGAUUGUCUGGCUUACUUGGCUCAUUUUCACUCCUUUCUCAGGAAGAGCCCAAAGGUACGUUGAGGCGGCAGAGCAGCGGUGUGGAUAUUGGGUCAAGGGGAACAGAAGGUCCUCCUAAGCUACGUCGAUAUGCAUCUGUAUCAGAGAAUAUCAAUAGCCUUGCUUCUCAAUGCAGUCCAGGAAAUCCAGCUCCUCUGAGGCGAACAAGCAGUUUGUCUUUUGAUGAGAAGCUUCUUAUACAGGCUCUUUACAAGGUGUUGAUAUAUGUAUCAAAAGCCAGUCCUAUUGUGCUUUAUCUUAGGGAUGUCGACAAGCUCUUGUCUAGAUCACAAAGGAUUUAUAAUUUGUUCCAAAAGAUGUUAAAGAAACUUUCCGGGAACGUGUUGAUCCUCGGGUCAUGCGUUGUUGACCUGAAUAAUGAUGACAGGGAAUUUGACGACAGGUUAUCAGCCAUUUUCCCUUACAACAUUGAGAUCAGGCCCCCAGCAGAUGAAAAACAUCUUGUAAGCUGGAAAUCUCAGCUAGAAAAGGACAUGAAGAUGAUCCAAGCUCAGGAUAAUAGAAAUCACAUCAUGGAGGUGCUCUCAGCAAACGAUCUUGACUGCGAUGAUCUAGAUUCGAUCUGCAUUGCAGAUACAAUGGCCCUCAGUAGAUACAUAGAGGAGGUUGUCGUAUCCGCCAUUUCUUAUCAUUUGAUGAAUAAUAAGGACCCUGAAUACAGAAAUGGGAAACUCGUGAUAUCAUCAAAGAGUUUGUCGCAUGGAUUGAGUAUAUUCCAGGAAGGGAAGUCCAUUGGUAAAGACACAUUAAAACGGGAACCACAAUCCGAAACAUUGAAGGAAACAGGAGCUGGUUCAGUAGGUGUGAAGCUAGAAUCAAAAUCCGGCAGCAAAAAUCCUGAAAAGAAGAGUGAAACAACCCUUCCGGCAACAAAGGCCGAGGGUGAAAAUCCUGCUCCGGCCUCAAAAGUUCCGGAAGUUCCUCCAGACAAUGAAUUUGAAAAGCGAAUAAGGCCUGAGGUCAUACCGGCGAAAGAGAUCGACGUUACAUUUGCAGACAUUGGUGCGUUAGAAGAGACCAAAGAAUCACUGCAGGAGUUAGUGAUGCUUCCUCUUCGAAGGCCAGACCUUUUCAAAGGUGGUCUCCUAAAGCCUUGCAGGGGAAUAUUGUUGUUUGGUCCUCCGGGCACUGGAAAGACAAUGUUAGCAAAGGCCAUUGCUAAAGAAGCUGGUGCAAGCUUCAUUAAUGUAUCCAUGUCUACUAUUACUUCAAAAUGGUUCGGGGAAGAUGAGAAGAAUGUCCGAGCUUUGUUCACAUUGGCAGCCAAAGUCUCACCAACUAUUAUAUUCGUUGAUGAGGUAGAUAGCAUGCUAGGGCAGAGGACUAGAGUCGGAGAACAUGAAGCCAUGCGAAAAAUAAAAAAUGAGUUUAUGGCUCACUGGGAUGGCCUCUUGACGAGGCAAAAUGAACGUAUCCUAGUUCUUGCUGCAACCAAUCGGCCAUUUGACCUCGAUGAAGCCAUAAUUAGGCGUUUUGAGAGAAGAAUCAUGGUGGGACUUCCGGGUGCAGAGAACCGGGAAAAGAUUUUUCGAACUCUUUUGGGAAAAGAAAAAGUAGAAGAUGGUCUAGACUUCGCUGAGCUGGCAUUAAUGACAGAAGGAUAUACCGGAAGUGACCUUAAGAAUUUAUGCACAACCGCGGCUUAUCGGCCAGUUAGAGAGUUAAUACAGCAAGAGAGAUUGAAAGAUCUGGAGAGAAAACAAAGAGUUGUUGAAGUACAAAACAAAGAAGAUGGUGCAGAAGAAAGAGUCAUUACCCUAAGGCCAUUAUCUAUGGAAGAUUUCAGGCAAGCAAAGAAUCAGGUGGCGGCUAGCUUCGCAUCUGAGGGAGCUGGAAUGAAUGAGUUAAAACAGUGGAAUGACUUGUACGGAGAAGGGGGUUCAAGAAAAAAGGAGCAACUAUCUUACUUCCUAUGAAGGGGUUCGUUUUACAGUUACAGACACCGCAAGAAGAAUUUUAACAGAGAAACCAUGAUUGAAGUCAUCCUUCAUUGACGACCAGAUGAAAUACUGACUAAAGAACAAGCAAGCAAAUCGAUGCUAACCGGGAGAAGCAAAAGCCAACCUGAGAAUCUAUCUAUCCUUGUUGCUAGCCAAGUCCUGUUAUGAUACAAGAAAAGGUUUGUAAUAUUAUUUUACAGUGGUUUGUGUUGUACCCGUACGAGUGUAUUAACUUAAAGAGCUUGUUAAAGGGAUUAGGGUGAUAAAGUACUACAUACCAUUAGUGUCUGUUAUAUUUCAAGCCAAAACAAAGGCGUGGAAAUCUAGUCUAUAUCAACAGCUUUGAUUCCGUUUAUUGAUGAUAUAA